UAUAUAACAAAACAUGAUAAAAUAAGAGCAGAUAAAUUAUGGAAUACAAAAGGAGGCGACAAAUUUGUGUUAAAUUGUUUAUUUACGCAUCAAUUUAUGAAGUGCUAAGAUGCACGGAGGGUACUAAAGUAAUACAAAUGGCAAACUUCCGGCGACAGACAGCGUUGGAUGGCCGUACUUGUUACGCCGAAGAUAUUCUUUUUGCCGUUGACGUUCUUAGCAAGUUACAGUGUGGGAAAGCAUGCCUGGAUACAUGCUCUUGUGUAACAAUAUUCUAUGAUUCUACUGCAAGAAAGUGUUACGGAUGUAACGUGUUUUAUUACGUCACGAGCCCGCCACCCAUCUCUUCCGGUAACGUGCAUUACCAGUUUUAUCCUUCUUGUGACGCAGGUUGGACGGGAUUCAUGAGGUCUUGCUACAAGCUCACCGUUAAAGGCUCUUUCUUCAACGGGGCGAGCCAAUGCGAAGCUGAUGGGGGCCAUGCUGUGUAUAUAGAAUCUGCAGCAGAAAACGAGUUUAUCAAAGAACUUGCAGUGCUGGAUACAAAUGCUGAUACAUGGAGCUGGUAUAUAGGCGUGACCGACUGUGAAGUUGAAAAUGUAUGGAAGUACUACGGAAGUGACGUCACUGCAGAUUACUUGGACUUCCGGUCGCCUGCUCCCAACAGUUUUCCGGGUACCUGUUGUGUAGUGCUGUAUUCAGGAUUUGAUUACCAGUGGUCGGACUUUGCAUGCGAUCGGCCUGUUUAUCCGUGGUCAACAAUAUGUGAAAUUGAUGUGUAGUACUGAUAGGAAAACGACUUUUUCAUUCACUAGUUUGCAAAUAUAUGAGCAUGUAUAUAUGCAUUUCUAAUGACACUCGAUAUGUAUAUACCGGUACACCACAGCUUUUGUUAUUUGAAUUACUAUUGUUACAGGUAAACUCUUUUGGAAAUGCUUGCUUCAUGCAUGAAAGACAGAUCAACAUUGGUAAACAGUCGAACAAUUGAAUGAUUUUUUAAGACAUCGACCAUUUAUGAUUUAAGAAAAAGCUACAAAAGUUUAUAAUUGUUUCUCUAGUAUUCAUUUAAAAAGGGAAAAUCAUAAUAAAUAAUAAGUAGCUUACCUGUCAUUAAAAGAAAGAAAAGAUAUUUUAUUGAUUUACGCCGCUAUUGUUUUUUGUUUUUUUUUGUUUUUGUUUUAGCUUGUUUUCUUGUGUGAUGGAGUGUAAUCAUAUGGUUGAAUGUUUGAAAAAGAAUAAUAAUAAAAAAUAUCCCUUGUGUUAGCUGAUUUCUGCCAUUUCAUGUUUUUGUCUUCGCCCUGAAGACACGAAUAAAAGAAGACAGAAAAAGACGAAACAUUGACUGAAAGUUUCAGUUGUUUGUCAUGUCUUGCUGUCUCAGAGUGCGGGGCGGAGACCCGAAUGUACGAAAUAUUGUAGCCUAAGAACAAAAAAUUUACAGGCGGGCGCAA